ACUGUAACCAAUUAGCCACAGCAAGCACCCACCCACGCGCGCCCACUCACACACCCCACUUCAUUACAUAUAUGCAGACAUUCAACACUGCCAUAGCUAAGCUCGAAGAUAAUCACUCUAAUGGCGAUUUCUUCGACCACAUCUCUAACUCUUGUUUUCUCUCUCUUGUUUAUACUUUCAGUCUCAGCUACUAUUCAACAAAACACCUUCAUAGUUCGAGUCCAACAAGAUGCCAAACCCUCCAUCUUCCCGACACACAAGCACUGGUACGACUCCUCUCUCACAUCUAUCUCAGAUGACAAGUCCUCUUAUUCCGGCGAUACUGACACUAGUCGUGUUAUCCACACUUACGACACUGUAUUCCACGGUUUCUCGGCAAAGCUCUCGACUCUGGAGGCCCAAAAGCUCCAAACUUUGUUAGGUAUUGUAGCGGUCAUUCCCGAGCAAGUUCGCCGUAUGCAAACCACGCGGUCGCCUGAGUUUCUAGGGCUCAAGACCGCGGACAGCCAGGGGCUUUUAAAGGAGUCCGAUUAUGGAUCGGAUCUAGUUAUCGGAGUCAUUGAUACUGGGAUCUGGCCCGAGAGAAAGAGUUUUAACGAUCGAGGUCUAGGUCCGGUGCCGGCGAAGUGGAAAGGAGAAUGCAUUGGAGGAAAAGGCUUUCCUGCGAGCUCCUGUAAUCGGAAAUUGAUCGGAGCUAGGUACUUCUGUAACGGAUAUGAAGCGACAAACGGGAAAAUGAACGAAACGACGGAGUAUCGAUCCCCUAGGGACUCCGACGGUCAUGGGACUCACACGGCGUCUAUUUCCGCAGGAAGGUACGUGUUUCCGGCAUCGACUCUCGGCUACGCUCGCGGCGUCGCGGCUGGAAUGGCGCCUAAGGCUCGGCUUGCAGCUUACAAGGUCUGCUGGAACGCCGGUUGCUAUGACUCCGACAUACUCGCAGCCUUCGAUGCCGCACUCGCUGACGGAGUCGACGUCAUUUCCCUCAGUGUCGGCGGCGUCGUCGUUCCAUACUAUCUCGACCCCAUUGCCAUCGGCGCAUUCGGAGCUUCUGAUGCUGGAAUAUUCGUUUCCACAUCCGCCGGAAACGGUGGUCCCGGCGGUCUGACCGUCACCAAUGUCGCACCUUGGGUCACCACCGUCGGCGCUGGAGCAAUUGAUCGAGACUUCCCUGCCGAAGUGAAGCUGGGUAAUGGCAAAAUAAUCCCUGGGGUGAGUAUCUACGGUGGGCCAGCUUUAGCUCCACAUCGUCUCUACCCUCUAAUCUACGCCGGGAGUGAAGAUGGUGAUGGAUAUUCUGCGUCACUCUGUUUAGAGGGUUCACUAGACCCCAAUUUUGUGAAGGGGAAGAUAGUUUUAUGCGAUAGAGGGAUUAAUUCAAGGGCUGCUAAGGGUGAAGUAGUGAAAAAAGCAGGUGGAAUUGGAAUGGUUUUAGCUAAUGGAGUGUUUGAUGGUGAAGGCUUAGUCGCUGAUUGCCACGUCUUACCGGCAACGGCUGUUGGUGCUACGGCCGGUGAUGAAAUAAGGAAGUACAUUACAUCUGCGUCAAAGUCACGUUCACAACCAACGGCGACGAUACUAUUCAAAGGAACUCGGCUUAAUGUGAAGCCUGCCCCUGUAGUGGCCUCAUUUUCUGCCCGAGGACCCAAUCCGGAGUCCCCAGAAAUUUUGAAGCCUGAUGUAAUCGCUCCGGGAUUGAAUAUACUUGCAGCUUGGCCUGAUGGCGUCGGACCAUCGAGUAUGCGGUCCGAUAAGCGUAGAACGGAGUUUAACAUACUCUCUGGUACAUCAAUGGCUUGUCCACAUGUAUCUGGACUUGCUGCUUUGUUAAAGGCAGCUCAUCCAGAAUGGAGUCCGGCAGCAAUAAGGUCAGCUUUGAUGACAACUGCAUACACUGUGGAUAACAGGGGUGAGACAAUGUUGGAUGAGUCCACCGGAAAUACUUCAACUGUGAUGGAUUUUGGGGCUGGCCAUGUUCAUCCACAAAAGGCCAUGGACCCUGGCCUAGUAUAUGAUUUGAGUUCUUAUGAUUAUGUGGAUUUUCUGUGUAAUUCAAAUUACACCACAAAGAACAUUCAGGCGAUCACAAGGAAGAAUGCAGAUUGUAGUGGAGCUAAAAGAGCUGGCCAUUCUGGGAAUUUGAACUACCCAUCUUUAUCAGCUGUUUUCCAACAGUAUGGAGAGCAUAAGAUGUCUACGCAUUUUAUUAGGUCUGUGACUAAUGUUGGGGAUCCGAAUUCCGUGUAUAAGGUCACGAUGAGGCCGCCUAGCGGGACGUUGGUGAUGGUGCAGCCAGAGAAGCUUGUGUUCAGGAGGAUGGGGCAGAAGCUGAGCUUUCUUGUGAGGGUGGAAGUUGUGGCAGUGAAGCUAUCCCCUGGGAGUUCAAGGAUGAUGAGUGGUUCUAUAGAGUGGUCUGAUGGUAAGCACAUUGUCACUAGUCCAAUAGUUGUGACAAUGCAAGAACCUAUGUAAGUAAGAGAAUGUAAGAUUUUGGGUUUAGAAAUUUUGCUGUUUCUCUCUAUGUUGAUUAAUUAAUUGUUGCCCAGGUAUGCUAUUAGAGUUUUUAUAGCGCUUUCUAUUUCAGAAAGCGCAUGGAGUUGGUUUGUAGUUCAUAAGGGAAGGGAAGGGAAGGGAAGGAAGUCCUUUGAAAGAAGAACUAAGAAUGCC